AUGUCAAAUCCACCUGGCCAGGCUGGUCCAUGGUCAGAUAAUCCCAGUUACGAAGUUCAUGCAUGGAUCGGCUUCAAAGGGAAGACGUUCCCAUGUGGAGGAUAUCCCAAGGGUCCUGUAACUACAUACAGAGCUGGAGACAUUAUUCAAGUACGGUUCUGGAACCAUCAAGUGAAAGACUAUCAAUCAUUCCCUCCACCGGAUAAUAUUCCUCAAGCACGCCAUGGUGGUGGAGCUUGUGAGUUUUCUUUGUCGUAUGAUGGCGGUAAAACUUGGAACGUCAUUGGACAAUACACCAAGACAUGUCCUGAUAUUUAUUAUGAAUGGCCUGUUCAAAUUCCUGCCAAUGUACCCAGCUGUACUGACUCGGAUCGUUGUCUAUUUGCAUGGUCAUGGACAGCCUAUGCUACGAACCAGUUUUACCAUCAUUGUGCCAACGUUGUCAUCAACAGUGCAGACCCGAAUGGAUCGCUUCCACCACUCGAGAUGACUGUUACUAAUGUAGAGCAGAUCGGCCAAAAAGCAGAUACAAAUGCGGAAGGUGACAAAAUCAAGACAAAGUCUACCGGCCCUAAUAAGAAUCAAACCACCACAAACACUAAUGGAUUCUAUGCUGCAGGAGGAGCUGCUGGAACUCAAGGCAUCGACCUUGGAUUGAAUACUAUCAAGGGAAAGACGCCACCACCUGAUGAGGAGGAUGAUAAAGUUGGUAGCGGUAAAGGAGGCGAUAACAGCAGUGGCGGCAAUGGCAGUGGCAACAAUGACAGCAGUGACAAUGUCAGCAGGAACAAGGGUGGUCUUCGAAUCGGAGCCAGCUCACGAUUUGAUCCAACAUCACUAAAAGUCCUUCUUUUGAUCUCAAGUGUAUUAGUAUCAUUAUAUGCCUAA